AAAGGACAUAGCUCCAUUUGAAAGCAAAGGACAAGAGAUACAAUCGCCACCCUCGCUCGACCUCUCUGCAAUCCCCGUUUAUUUGUAUUUUUGCUCCUUUGAAACCAUCCUUGUUAAAUUUAUCCUUCUCCUUCCGUUUGGGUUCGUUUUAAUUGCAUAAAUGGGUGCAGAGGUUAAGAUCUGGAAUGCCGUAGAAGUGGCACAGCAAGCUAGCAAAGAUUAUGCCUCGCAGAUUCUUCCGUCCCAUCUUACAAUUGAUCCCUCCCUCUCUCUUCCCCAAAUGAAACCUCUUGUCCUUAAGUUGUGCAAGGAUAUGUUCAAGGCCUGGUCAAAUUUGGAUGAUUCUUGCUUUGAUGUUGAGAAAAUUUCUGGAGGCAUCACAAAUUUGUUACUGAAGGUUUCUGUUAAACAAGAAAAUUGUAUUGAUGAUAUUGUAACCAUCAGAUUGUAUGGUCCGAACACUGAGUACAUUAUUGAUCGUCAACGGGAAUUGCAGGCCACCAAAUACAUCACAGCUGCAGGAUUUGGUGCUAAGUGGCUUGGAAUAUUUGGAAAUGGCAUGGUGCAAUCUUUUAUAAAUGCGCAUACUCUAACUCCAUCAGAUAUGCGGGAGCCAAAGCUGGCUGCUAAAAUAGCCAAGCAACUAAAAAGAUUUCAUCAUGUGGAAAUUCCAGGUUCUAAGGAACCUCAAUUAUGGAACGAUAUUUGGAAGUUCUUUGAGAAAGCAUCUGAUCUUGAAUUUGAUGAUAGUAAAAAGCAGAAGACUUAUAAAACAAUUUCAUUCAGGGAAGUUCAUGAUGAAAUUGCUGAGCUCAAGGGAUUGUGUGAUCAUCUCAAAUCUCCUGUAAUUUUAGCUCACAAUGACUUGCUUUCUGGAAAUAUAAUGAUUAAUCAUGAAGAAGAUAAACUUUACUUCAUUGAUUAUGAAUAUGCAUCGUACAACUACAGAGGCUACGAUAUAGGAAACCACUUUGCAGAAUAUGCUGGCUUUGAAUGUGACUACGACUUGUACCCAAAUAUGAAUGAACAAUAUCAUUUCUUCAGGCAUUACAUACAACCUGACAGACCACACGAGGUGUCUGAGAAAGACCUUGAAACUUUGUAUGUUGAGGCAAAUACAUAUGCACUGGCCUCGCACCUUUUCUGGGCUUUGUGGGGGCUAAUUCAGGCAAAGAUGUCCCCAAUCGAUUUUGAUUAUCUUGGUUACUUUUUCCUUCGAUACGACGAGUACAAAAGGCAGAAAGAAAAGUAUUUAUUGUUGGCACGAUCCUACCUUUCAGGAUGCAAGAAUGAGUAGAUAGAUUAUGCUUUACUCAAUCACGCAUGGGUUUUUGUAUGUUAAGUUUUUAGCAUGAGGCCCGAUUCAUGUAGUUAAAUGUUUGUGUAAAAUAUCUUUUUUAGAUGCACAUCAAAUAAUGGCAAAUUCAAACGUUUAGUUUGAGGAACUUCUAUCUUAAUGUUGUAAUCCUGAUACUUUGGCUAUUUAAUUGAUCUGUCAUU